UUUUGCGACGACUGUCUCAAUCGACUUGACAAGUCCAUUAAAGAUGCCUCCAAUUUUUUAGCUAACAAUCUAGAGAAUCAGACAUCAGUCUAUACUGUUGCAAUAUCAGCUUAUGCAUUAACCAUAACUGACCAUAAUGGGGCGUGGCGUGCUAGAAAUAUGCUAGAUGACUUAUCUAAAGGCGGAACAGGACAAAUGUACUGGGAAGAGCGAAACAAACCUCCAACGUCAAUAUUUCACUUUGGACGAAAUACCCUUGCUGCAUCAAUUGAAAUGACAGCAUAUGGUUUGUUGGCGUUUGUUGAGUGGGGGUCUACUGUUAAGGGCUUACUAAUACAAAAAUGGUUAAUUGCUCAACGGAACCCAUAUGGUGGUUUUAUUUCUACACAGGAUACAGUAAUUGGUUUACAAGCUCUGUCUGAAAUGGCAGCUUCAGUAAACUCUGCUAGAGAUAUGACAAUAAAGUUGUCAUACACAGACAUUCGUCCUCGAGAAAAGACAUUCCGAAUAACUGAAAAUAAUGCAAUGAUUGUGCAGAUGGAGGAUCUGUCAACAGAUACAAGUAAGAUUAGCAUAUACGCCUGGGGAAAGAAGGGCUCAACAGCUAUUUUCACCGUAUCUUUAUUCUAUAACAUAAAUAUGGACCUUGAAGCCAGGAGUUUAAAACUGAACGUAACUGUACUCAAAGAAACAAUCAAUGGAUUUACAUUACGGUCGUGUGUCAGAUGGCUAGAAGAUGAAAUCAGUGGCAUGAUUGUUGUUGAAGUUGGUAUUCCGUCUGGUUUUGAAGCUAACAGGUGGAGCAUUUCUGAACAUAAGCUUCUCAAAAGGACUGAAAUAGAGGACAGGAAUGUCAUUCUUUACUAUGAUGAGGUUACUUAUGCGGAUAUAUGUACAGACAUUUCUGUUGUAAGGGACAAAAUGGUUGCACAAAUAAAACCGGUGCCUUGUAAGGCGUACGAGUACUAUGAACCAAGUAAUCAAGUUACUGUAUUCUACGAACCUUUGUCGGCAAAAAACUCGAAUAUCUGUAAUAUAUGCGGCAUUGAGUGUGGAUGUAACGUGACCGGGGAAAAACUUUGGUUCCCACAGAAAUGGUGCAAACAGAAGAUGAAAGGUUAAAACAGGAGAAAAUUAACACCCAUGACUGCAGCGGAAGUACUUAAAUUUUGAUUCAAAGCUGUAAUAUAGCAUAAAAUAAAUCUAAAAUAAAACGA